AUGAUAUUUGUAGAGUCUUCUGAUUCUUUGCUCACUUCUUUUAUUGAUUCCUUGAAUAAUGAAUUUCCUAUGAAGUAUCUAGGUCCUUUACAUUAUUGCUUAAGCGUUGAAGCUCAUUUUGACUCUUCUGCUAAGAAAAUGCUUCGAACUCAUAAUAAGUAUAUGUUGGACCUGAUCAGGAAACAUAAUAUGAUUGGUUGUAAACCUUGUAAAACUCCAGUUGAUCAAGGGAAAAGAGAUUCUGCUUUUGAUGGUUAUAUUUUGCAGGAUGCUUCUGCUUAUAAAAGUCUUAUUGGUGGUAUGCAGUAUCUGACUCUUAUAAGACCUGACAUUACCGAUGCAGUGCACUAUGUCAGCCAGUUUAUGCAUUGUCCAACAUAUAUUCAUAUUCAUCUUGCAAAAAGAAUUCUUAUUUACCUGAAAGGUUCUCUUGGACAAGGUCUCACUCGUGAUAGUAGUUGGGAUGGUUAUCCUGACACACGAAAAUGUACUUUUGGAUAUUGUGUAUUUGUUAAAGGUAAUUUAGUCUCAUGGGUUUCACGAAACAAUAAACUAUUUCUCGAUCUUCUACUGAAGAUAAAUAUAGGGGUCUUGCAAAUGCUGCUACUGAGAUUUUAUGGCUCUGUUAUUUGUUUGAAGAAAUUUAUGUCAGAUUACCUCUUAUGUGAAAGAUUUCAUGUGACAACUUAG